GUCGCGACCGGAAGUGUUUGAGCUGAAGGCUGUGAUGUGUUGAUUUCUGUAGUGUUGGCAAAAGGAAAAGAAACCUGAAGUGGCUGAUUGAGUUUAAGAAACUCGGCGAGGAAGCAGCAUGUUGCCCACCACAGCGUACUCCCCACAGAAACAGACCAACGGCAGCCUGAACUCCCGCGAUGCCGCUCGACACACCGCCGGUGCGAAGCGCUACAAGUACCUGCGCCGCCUUCUGCACUUCAAACAGAUGGACUUCGAGUUCGCCAUGUGGCAGAUGCUUUACCUCUUCACCUCGCCGCAGAGAGUUUACCGCAACUUCCACUACCGCAAACAGACCAAGGACCAGUGGGCCCGCGACGACCCCGCCUUCCUGGUGCUGCUCAGCAUCUGGCUGUGUGUGUCCACAGUGGGCUUUGGUCUGGUGUUAGAUAUGGGCUUUGUGGAGACGCUGAAGCUCUUGCUCUGGGUCGUGUUCAUCGACUGCAUCGGCGUCGGCCUGUUGAUCUCCACCCUCAUGUGGAUCGUCAGUAAUAAAUACCUGAUGAAGCAUCCCGGUAGGGAUUACGAUGUGGAAUGGGGAUACGCCUUCGACGUGCAUCUGAACGCCUUCUACCCUCUGCUGGUCAUCUUACACUUCCUCCAGCUGUUCUUCAUUAACCACAUCGUGGUGAUCAACUCCGACUGGUUCGUGGGAUAUUUCGUGGGCAACACCUUGUGGCUGAUCGCCAUCGGGUACUACGUGUACAUCACAUUCCUCGGUUACAGCGCUCUACCCUUCCUAAAGAACACGGUUGUUCUGCUCUACCCGUUCGCUCUGCUCGCGUUCCUCUACGUUCUCUCCGUCACACUGGGCUGGAACUUCACUAAAGGUCUCUGCUGGUUCUACAAGUACAGAGUGCAGUAGAGGACAUUCGCUUCCCGUCACUUUACAGUGUGGAUUGUUCUACUCUCAGAGACUCGCACAUUGUCACCGUCACUUCCUGGACUUUUGUAUACUUUGUAAAUAAACUGUUUGUAGCUAAAGACUGUAACAAAGAAAGAAUGUGGGAAAUGUUUAUAAUGUGUUUUUUCCCUUUUUUUUUUAAAGCUUGAUUAAUUUACCUGAUCUGAUCUGAUUUAAUGAAAAGCUGAGGUCUGCAUGCAGACUUUAUUGUGUUAAUGAUGGAAUGUGGUUGAGGAUAUUUUAUGCAUCUUGGUUAAAACAAGUCUAGUAAACAGGCUGUCAGACUUCACUUAUUCAGCUGUCCGUAUUAUUUAUUUGUUUGUACAUCCGUCUCCUUUACAUGUUCAAUAAUCUGAUGAUGGACUAAAAGCAGGCAACAAUUCACUAUGAUAUUCAUGUACAGUAUCCAUUAACAUCCCUGCUAUAUGAUGUACCUCAACAUCUCAGUGAGAAUGGGUUAAAAUUUUUAUAUUUUAGAUCUCAUGGGUACAAAAACAAGAGACAUUAAAUAAAGUGAAGGAUC